GUGUUGUUUUUAUGUGUAUCUGAGAGAAAGUUAAGACAGAGAGGGAGAGGAAGGCACAGGGGGAGGAAGACAAAGGAGGAAGACAAAAAGCAAGUCUCAAGUCACCGCCUGGAAAUACUGACCACCAAGAUAGGAAAAAACACCGACUUGGCUGAAAUGGAGGAAGCUACGGUCCUGACACUCUUCAGAAAUAUGAUGGGAGAAAACAACCAGAUCAACAAGUUUGAUGAUGACUCCUUAUUGGACUGGACAGAGAUUGACAAAGGAGGGUUUGGCAGUGUGUACAAGGCCAGGCAUCGCAAAAUGGGACAUGAUGUGGCCAUUAAGAUACUGCAUGAUGUUAAUGUGGAGGAAUCACUGUUAAAGGAGGCUACAUUUCAGAAAGUGUUCUCCUGCAACUUUGUCCUGAGGGUUUAUGGGAUGUAUAAGGGAAUCCCUCCAAAUGAAAAAGUCAAGCAAAAAGGAAUGGUCAUGGAGUUCAUGACCAGAGGAUCUAUUAUGGAUCUUUGCAAAAACUUGCGAGGUCCUCCUCCAUUUUCUCUGGCCUGCCGUCUGAUUCUGGAAGUGGCUUCAGGAAUGCGAUUCCUCCAUUCAAUGGGUAUCUUGCACCGCGACCUAAAAAUGCAGAAUGUAAUGCUGUCUGAAGACCUUCAUGCCAAGCUGGCAGAUUUUGGUCUGUGCACAAUGUCUGCCACCUGUUGCCCCAGCGAUGAAGAAGAAACAGAGAUUUCAGGCACAGUAAAGUACAUGCCACCUGAAGCUUAUGACAUCAACUACAAACCUGUUCGCUCUUUUGACGUGUACAGUUUUGCCAUUUUUCUCUGGGCCAUCCUUUCUGGAGAAGAACCUUUCCCCACUGCUCAUCCAUCACGUUUGCGCAAGUGUAUCGCUAAAGGUCAAAGACCCCCUCUUGAUGACUUAUCAAAGACGGAUAAAGCAGGAAUGAGCGAUCUGCUCGAUCUAAUGCAGAAGUGCUGGAAUGGUGAUCCAACCCAGAGGCCAACAUUUGAAGAGAUUACUCCCAUGGUGGAGAACGUGUACUCAAAGCAUAAAUCCAAAAUUAUUCAUGAGGUCUACGAGGUUCUAAAACAGCUGGACAGUGACUCUCUGGAGGAAUUACAUAAUCCUAUUUUGGAUGAAAAAGACAAGAUCCACGAGCAAGACAGUACCAUCUGUGAGCCUCUGCAAGAGGAGCAAAGAGAGGGAGAUUUCAUUUCAGAGAGCCAUGAGACCAAAAAGUCUCCACUUGUCGUCAUCAUUGAUCCAGAUACGGAUAAAGAAAUUUCUGUCUAUGAAGCCUAUAAGAAGGGCUUGAUUGAUGAGGAUUUGAUGCAUGAGAUAGCGAGUACGGGCUGGGAUAUACACUGCGUGGCACUGUAUGAUGAUUUGUAAUCUGAGCUGCAAGAUGGCAAGAGUGGAAACUAGUAUCCCAUUAAAGACGCCAUUAAAGAGGGAAAGAUAACAGAGUACGAUCUGCAGGAGUACAAAAAAGGCAAAAUUCCCAUUUCAGAGUUUGGCCGGAUGCAUACAGGUGUUGACGAAAAGCAGCACAAUCUUAACCCUAAUAUGCACAACAUGGGUCAAAAGUGACCCAGCUGAGUUUUUAUUUUUGAUAUCUUUGCGAUAAAUUAAUACUUUCAUUCAGUUGUCAAGGUUUUCCUCAAUUAACUUGUUUUAGACCAUCACACAUGAUUAUUGUAUUUUCUCAUUUCUUACUUUUUGAAUAAAACUGUUUUUGUAUCACUACCACUUUAAUGCUCAACAUGGGUACAAAAUGACCCAUAUUCGUUUUCAAUAUCAUUUAUUAUAUGGCUCAGUAUUUACACAAAAUGACUUUGAAAUAAAUCACAUUUGAUCAUUUAUUCA